AUGGACUUUGUACAACAAGAGGUAGGCGGUAGCAUGAGCGACAAGCACGACUCGGAAAACUCAUUCGAGCUGCAAGCUACCCUGCCCCCGCCAGUAGAUGUCAAGGAUCGUGAAGGGGCAGUGGACUCAUACCGUUGGAUGAGCUUCUGGCUGGAACCUCACGUAGACGCAACGGCGGCUUUCUUCCAGCAGGUAGUGGAUAGGAAAUGGCUACAAGAGUCUACAGAGGGAAACGCUGCGACACUCCGCAGCCUGGAAGCUGCUCUCAAAGCUGAGAAGGCCGAUGCAAAGACAAAGGCAUGGCGAGUGUUUCACCGGUGUACAUAUGUUAGCCGAGUGCUUGAGAAGAUAGUGGCUCCGGCUGCAUCUGUGGCACCCAAAGCAGUGCUGUUCGACCAGACUCCGAACUGGGGUCUCAUCUGUGCUCUGGAACCAUAUUUACGAUCGGCCAAAGACAAGAAUGAAGUGAGAGAAAAAUUGCAGCCGCUUAUCGACAAGCACUGGCCCGUACUUCAAGAGAACAAGCGGAUCGCCAAUCAGCUGGUGGAUAUACUCGUGGAGUACCUUGGUGUUUCCUAG